CAAUUUCUCCCUCCCAAAAGCGUCUCUCCCUCCGUCUCGCUUUGCUCGCUCGCUCUCUCUCAUGGCGGACAUGGAAGAAGAUCAGUACGACGAGAGUUACGGGGAGUUCCUCCAAGAAACUGGACUCUUUCGCGGUACGUAUGCUGGAGCUGCAGCAGACGCCGAAGACGACGGAGGAGAUGAAGAAGAAGAGGAGGAGGAGGACGAGGACGAAACCGAAGACGACGGGGACGGCGUCGAGUUCAUCCCCGUCGAAGAAGAAGAAGGUUCGCCGGCGGUCGACGUCGCCGGCGACGGCGGAGAUGCCUCGGCUUCUGAUCAAGCGCGAUUCGGCGGAGAAGGAGGAGAAGAACCGAGGGAUGGGUGGCUGGGAGGAGGAGGAGGAGAGGGGUGUUCUCCGGGUAGAUUUGGGGCCGGCGGUGACGAUUCCGAGGCGAGCCAGUGGAAUCGGGGCGAGAUCGACGGCCUCUUUUGCCCCAUAUGCAUGGAAGCUUGGACCGACGACGGCGAACAUCACAUGUGUUGUCUUCCUUGUGGCCACAUUUAUGGCAUGUCUUGCAUCAAGAGAUGGUUAAAGCAAAGGGGGAACUCGGGCAAGUGUCCUCAAUGCAACAGUAAGUGCAAAUUGAAAGAUGUGAGGAAACUUUUUGCAUCACGCCUUGUAACGGUAGACGAGGAGUCUCAGAAGAAAAUCCGAUUCCUCGAGGCCAAAUGUGCUUCUCUUGAGAAGAAGGUUGCUGGUUGGCAUAUGAGAGAAGUUGAAUGGAAAAGGCAAGUAAAAGAAUGGCGUGAGCGUAUGAACGAAUUUGAAAAGAGAGAAUCUGAGUUGAAUGAGAGGGUUGAUCGUCUUAAGGAGAGGACAACUAAUCUAGAGCGCUUCUAUGAAGUUUCGAAGAGCAGCCAAUUUGGAUCUGCUGAAGCUGAUGCAGUACGGCAAGGACGAUAUACAUCUGGUCAUGAAUGGGGAUUUAGGUUUCAUGGUGGAGAAUCCUCUAGCAAUUUUGAAACACAGACCGAACUGCGAGUGGAUGGUGCACGUCUAUUUGAUAUAUGUGCUUCAAGUCAAAUGUUAGUUAUAGCACGAAGGCUAUCCGGUAUAGGGAUAAGGGAUGCGCUCACCAAGAUGAGUUUGAUAUAUCCCCACGAUACUGAAGAUAUCAUUCUCCCUUCUAGUAUUAAAGCUGUUAGAGACCUGCGUAUUUCACCUUUUGAUGGCAGUCUUGCAAUUUUUGCUUCAUUGGGAAAGACAUUAUCAGUUCUCAGUCUUGAAAGCAACAACGUCAUCCUCGCCUAUGACCUACCGGCUGCUGCUUGGUCGUGUUCAUGGGAUCUCAAUAAUGCUCAUCAUGUAUAUGCAGGACUGCAGAAUGGAAUGCUUCUGGUAUUUGAUAUGCGCCAAACUCUGAAGCCUAUGGAAUCUCUGGAGGGCCUGUCAUGCAACCCAAUUCAUUCCAUGCAUUCUCUUCUACAUAAGGAGACUCAUGGAGCUAGAACCAUUUUAAGCGCUUCCUCAAUUGGGUUAUGUCAAUGGAAAAUUGAUUCUGGUGAAGAAAGGCCCACUUUGGUAUCUGAAUCAGCAGAUGGAGGAGUUUGUAUAUCCCUUGCUUAUUGUCCAAGCAGUGAUGAUGUAGUUGCCACAUACCGUCCCAAAGUGGAGAUGUAUAAUGAGGUCACUACUUCUCAGCCUUUAUCCACUCCUAGUCCUUCUCCUGUAGGGGGACGAGCAAUUCAGGGCUAUCACAUGCACUUCAGGAGAGCAGGGAGCUCUUAUCAGAAAUUGGGUACUACUUGUGCGAAUGUGAGUGAUGUUCGCCUCCCCAAAUCUGCAAUUGUUAACCUAGAGAAUCGGAAUCAGCUUUUUGCUUCGGGAGAUGAAGCGACCAAUCAGUUGAUCUUGCAAGAAAUACCAUCAUUUUCAGUUUCUCAGCAAUUUCAACUGCAGAAGCAUCCUUUCCGUGAUGUCAAGUACACGAGCACCAUGAACCAAGGCUUAUUAAGUUGUUUAAGUGAGGAUUCAUUGCAGAUUUUCAAAGCCAAGCCUGCAUGAUAAAGACUAUCAAAUCUAGGAGAUCCUUGGGGGUUUGGUUGCGUUUUUUCCCCAGCAAUCUGAUUUGGCUUGUCCAUGACAGACAGGGAAAAAGGUAAGAUCACAAAUGUAUGGUUGGAUCAACUUGCUUUUAGUUUUUGCUGUUGUGAUUGGUCCAUAACUCCAUGGGCAGCACUUGAAUCACAUGAAAGUCACCGUACUUCUCUUGUAUCCUUUUGAGCAAUGAAUACAAUUUUCUUUCGACAAAAAAAAAAUCAUAUGGAUUAGAGAACUUUGCAAUCGAUUAAUUAUACAUUAUACAUUGUUAGGCA